AUGUGGGUUGUAGCACCCGGUUUGAAACGCACUCCACGGCGAAUGAAUGAUAUGCUUGUACCAACGAUCUUUCUUCCCGCGUAUUUUUGGGUAUUACCAUCAGCCACUUCGAGUCCUACACCAAUGGUCAGCACAGUCGAAGCUGUCGGGCCACUGACCCCCGAAGUACAGGAUCGGAUCAUCUCUGAAUUUGCCGUCACUACCAACACCAGAGUCUUCUUUUAUGAUAUAAAUUGGAAAAUAAUAUGUGCGGAUUUACAUCAUUUCACACAUUUAACCGCCUCAACAUUUGAUGAAGCUGAAGGAACAAUUUAUUUCAAUGAUCGUCAAGUACAAAAUAUUAGCAUUUUCUCUCUACAACUGGAUGAUGAAGAUAAAACACGAGAAACAUUUGUUCGUAACGUGCCACAAGAGGAAGAAAUAAAUGGUAUUGCUUACGACCCCUUAGAAAGAAUUCUCUACUGGACUGACUCAAAGAGUAUUAAAAUCUAUAAAUGGGGUGUUAAAUCUUCUAAUAAACAACAACCAGCUGCAAUUAUCUCUUUUCAUGAUGAUUAUGCAUAUCCCAGUGCCAUAUCUCUAGACUUUUGUAAGCGUAAGCUGUAUUGGAGUGACUUGAAUAUAAUGAGUGCUAGUAUUGAAAGUAGCAAUCUUGAUGGAAGUAAUCGCAAAGUGAUAGUAAAUGAUGACUUGUCUAUGGCUUAUGGUAUGGUUGUUGAUCAAUUUGAUCAUCGUUUAUAUUGGAUAAGUGGACACCGUAAUAAUCGUUACACAAUAGAGAGCGCUAAGUUAGAUGGCACUGAUCGUCGAAUAUUGUUUGAAAAAGAAGGUACGCUUGAACAAAGAAAACUUGCAGUAACGUUCGAUAAAAUAUAUUGGACGGAUUCAAAGACUAUCAAAAGUAUUUUGAAAAAUAAUAAUAAUACCCUUGAAACUACUUUAACGUUUGAUAAAGAUUACCCAAAUGAUAUUGUGGCACGCACACAUUAUUUAAAAUAUUUAAAAGGUGACAGGGAUUGCGAUGCCAUAUUGAAACAAAUAAAUAUGCCUAAAAGUAGUAAAACCGAAAGUGACGUGGAUGCUUAUUUGAAAAAUUCAUGUCUUAAUGGAGGAACAUAUAACGAAAACAGUCGCUACUGUGUAUGUAAUCGUGGUUUCACAGGUAGUAAUUGUCAAAUAAAUGAGUGCCAAAACUUUUGUUUAAAUGGUGGCUCAUGCAGUUAUGAUAAUGGUCCAAAGUGUCAGUGUGCGAAGGGCUAUAAUGGUAACCGCUGUCAAUUUGAGCUCUGUUAUCAAUAUUGUAUGAAUGGCGGAGUAUGUAAGUUGGAUAGUUAUGGAAACCCUACAUGCACUUGCAGAAAUACUUUUCCUGGCAAUCGCUGUGAGCAAAAUAAGGAAGAGAUUUGCGAACUGUUCUGUAAUAUUCCCCCUAAUGACAGGAGCGAAGUGGUUAACGGUUACAAUUGUCAAUGCACUCGAGAAAGGAUGAUGUCUCAUAAUAUGUACCUAGAGCAAGAUACUUUAGAGGUAACCACAAAGCACCCGGUAGAAAAAAAGGAAACAAAUGAAAUUAAUCAAAACAUGACGAAGGAAUUGUGUACAUUGUACUGUAAAAUACCUCUGACAGAGCGUGCCUCUUUAGAAAAUGAUUACCAGUGCAAUAAUUAUUGCCAAGCUGUUGAUAUAACAGUUCAUGAAAACUUUGAUGAUAUAUGUAGAAGAGCAGAUAUUUGGACUAGCUCUGUUAUUAUAGUGUUAAUAUGUGGCAUCGUAGCUUGUUUGGCUUUAGUGUUUUUGAUUGUAAAAGGAAUACAUCGUUUCUAUAAACCUUUACGACCGCAAAUAAAGAAAACCUUUGUAGUUAGAAAAAAUGCACCUGCUUCAGACACACCGCUAACAAAUCGACCAAUGGCAACUGAACAAUGUGAAAUUACAAUAGAAAAUUGCUGUAAUAUGAAUAUUUGUGAAACGCCAUGCUUUGACCCCAAACUUAUACAAAAAUCUUUUAAGAAUAGUUCCAAGAAAGACUUAAAAGAUGAAUGUGAGCAAAUUUUAACAUGAAUGAUUACAGAGGAAGCACCAAUUUCGUUCUCAACAACCCAAUACAAAUGGGAUGUGUAUUAUGGGGAAAUACAAAUUUUUUAAAAUUUAUUAGUUAUUUAAGUGUCUGAAUAUUGGUUUAAUAUUUAUAUGAAAAAAUUAAUGAAAGAACUACAUCCACGCAAUUUGAAGCUGUCUGGUUAUAAGGAUUGUCCGUAAUGAGUGAUUUUACUGUAUAUUUAUUUGUUGAAAAACUUUACUAUCAAAUACCACCAAAUAUAAACACAUUGUUCAGUUGUAAUAUGGUAAAAAUAAAUAGAAAUAGUAGAAUUUUAAUUAAUAAUUGGAAAAUUU